AUGCAACGUGGCAUGAUAGCUGGUGUUGAUGAUAGUGUUUAUUACAAACAGCAACAACAACAUAGUGUACGUAUUAAUGGUAGUGAUGUGAAUGAGACUGCUUUUACUGGAUACGGUGAAUUUUACUGUAAUAGUGAAACUGGCUAUGAUAAUAAAUCGGUUGAUAUACAUCAUCGAUGUCGUCAAGGACGAAUUUGUUUACCAGAUCAGUCAGGUACUGUAGAGCAUACACGACAUCGAGUGCCUACACAACCACAAGUUAUAUGUAAAGUAAUUCGUGUACUAUCUCGUAGUCAAAAUUAUCAAUAUCAAGAACAAGAAACACUUAAUCAAUAUGGAAGUUUGAGCGUUGCAAAUGUACCAACAGCUAGCGAUGGUGCUUAUGAAGCAGGUUGUUGGCAAUCAAGAAAAGGUUACAAUACUAGUGAAAGUUACUGUCAGUCAAACAGUACUGUUAAUAGUCAACAACCGACACCGCAAGGUUAUGAACAAACUGAUCAUAAAAGACAUCAAAGAUUAGGAAAAUCAACAGCUGGAGCUCAAUUUGGUUAUAAUGUAUGA